CAGCGGGUUGCUUGGCUAAGCAGUGGUAUUCUGUUUCACUCUGUGCAAAUUGUAUGAUUUCAUCAGAGAGGUGUUCAGAUGCUGGGUGUUCUUUAAAUUUUUGCCUUAACCUUUCUGAUCUCUGCGUCAUCAUCUGUAGGUGUUGUUAAUGGAGGCGAUACCAACAUGUUUUGCUUCCUACAUCAAUAUAGGUUUCAUUGUCAGGAUCAUCAAUGUAUUGUUAGGCGAAGACAUCAAUCAAGUAAUGUUUUGUAAGAAAUUUAACUAACGCAUGUACAGCGCCUGUAGCUCAGUGGAUAGAGCGUCUGUUUCCUAAGCAGAAAGUCGUAGGUUCGACCCCUACCUGGCGCGGUGUUAAAGCUUUUUGAACCACAACUUACAACUUUCUCACUCUCCCUACCUAAGCUCAAAGGUAGGUACCCCAUAAAUUUUAUCUCCUUGAUUUUUUUUACCCCAUGAAUUCCAUCUUCUUGAGUUUUUUACUUCUAAUUCCUCUGGGAACAAACUCUUAAUUGUAAAGGAUCCAAAGCAUCCAAUGCACUUUACAUGAAUGACCCAGCAAUAAUAAAUCCAUUUUCAACUUAGGUAUAGAAGUUUGCUGUGAGCCUGUGACUUUGAUGCAUACACAUGAACCUUUAAAACCCCAAUCAAGCUCUUCAAAGUUUCAAGGACUAAAUCUUUCUGCACCAAAAAUGUCUAUAAUAGCGGAAGCACCCGGUUACUUUCAGGUCUUUUCAGAUGGUUGUGUGAAACGCUUUGCACCUGAAAUAGCUCCUGCCUCUCAAGAAUCAUCUGGUGGAUACAAGUCUAAGGAUGUGAUCCUCGACCCGUCAAAACCGAUAACUGGGAGGAUUUUCCUUCCUGAUAUCCCAGGGUCCUGCACCUCGCUUCCAGUUCUUGUUUAUUUUCAUGGCGGUGGGUUUUGCAUUGGCUCAACCACUUGGCUUGGCUACCAUCAUUUCCUUGGAGAUUUCUCUGCUGCGUCACAAUCCAUUGUACUUUCUAUCGACUACCGUCUGGCACCAGAACACCGUCUCCCUAUAGCUUAUGAUGAUUGUUACAGCUCCCUGGAAUGGCUAUGUAGCCAAGUUACUAGUGAACCAUGGUUCAAGCUAGCUGAUCUUUCCCGUGUAUUUCUCUCUGGAGACAGUGCUGGAGGGAACAUUGUGCAUCAGGUUGCCAUCAGAGCUAUGAGGAACAAAGCUUUACAUGUUAAGAUUAAAGGGUUAUUGAUGAUACAUCCUUAUUUUGGCAGUGAAGAAAGGACUGACAGAGAGAGGGCCGAUGGUGCAGCUGGCGAUGUGGCAAUGAAUGAUAUGUUUUGGAGACUGAGCAUACCUGAUUGGUCAAACCGUGAUUAUUUCGGAUGUAACUUUGAGAAGCAAGUGGUGUCUGAAGCUGAAUGGAGAGAGUUCCCCGUGGUGGUGGUUUAUGUGGCUGGCUUGGAUUUCUUGAAGGAAAGGGGAGUAAUGUACGCUGAGUUUUUGCAGAGGAAAGGAGUGAAAAAGCUGAAACUUGUGGAAGCAGAGCGGGAGUCUCAUGUCUUUCAUGUGUUCUAUCCUGAAUCUGAGGCAACUCGUUUGCUCCAGCGACAGAUGAGCGAGUUCAUGAAGGACAAUUAACUUCCUGGCAGAUUAAUGCUGCUAGCUUCCGAAUAAACCAGAA